AUGGCUGCACCAGUUUUCACCAACCUCUCGCCGUUGUCAACGGAGCCGGAGAUCAAGAAUCUCUCAGGUUACCCGAGAUUGAAACCUGCCUAUAUUCUCAAGGUUAAAGUGACUACCGGAAGACCUGUCGGUACAAUUCUGAGCGGGAGCAAUCUGAUUCACUGGGAGACCGGUUCCGGCACCCUAACAACCGCCGAGGGAUACGACCACCCAGUCGAGGCCAAUGUCGAAUAUGGAUCUGAUUGGCUUGUAUUCGAUCCUGAUGGAGGGCACGCUCGCCCUGAGCUGAAACUAUUAGCCAGAACCGAUGAUGGCGUCGUUCUUGACUGUGGUUAUACUGGCGUCGCAAGAGCUAGCCAGCCCAUUCUGGACAUGUUCGAAAAGGACCCCAAUGCAAAGACAUUUCCUUUUGGUAUUUCUUCGACCGUCCACACUUUCCGGACUGGAAAUCCCAAGUACAAGCACCUCGAGAACAAGACGUUUGUCGGCAACGGCCGUUUUGUCAUUACUCAGAAUCCCUUCUCUAUUACGGUCGAGUCGCGCAUCUCUGAGGUCAUCCCAAGCUGCGAUAUGGACUAA